AUGCCGAGUCUUGUUCCCGGAUGCGAUGAGGCAACGCCGAAGUGCAGCCGCUGUGCCAGGUCAAACCAGGAGUGCAGAUAUCGAGACCGGACGGACAUUCUGUUCCGAAAUCAGACCGACAUUGCCGCGCAGCGUGCCGAAGACUCCUGGAGGAGGCGUUCCAAGUCGUUCCUCGACGCUUCUGGUGAAAGCAGCACUACACGUAGGCUUGCAGCAGGCGGCCAUCAAAGGAAUUCUCCAGAAAAUCAGCAAGCACGCUCCAAUGACAGUGGCUCUAGUGUCUCACCCAGUACGUCACAUGGCCCGGGCCACACUUAUUUCGAUAAUGUAAGAGUGGCGUCGCCUCUCGGGCGUUCGAAGCUGCCCAUACCCACGUCACCAAGGCAAGACCUGCGUCACUUGGCUUACCAGCGAUUCGUAUAUGAUUUCGUUGUAUUUCCGGAUCCCAACAAGCCACUAGAAGAACCGUCAGAUGCUUUGUUCAGUUUUGUUCCCCUUCUCUAUGAGAAUGCUCAUCCGCAAUCCUGUCUAGUCACCGUAGUCAACGCUGUUGCUUACAUAAACUUUGCCAACAGACGCGAUGUGCCUCAAGCGAUGGCGUUGGCAGAGGAAAGCUUCGGUGAAGGUAUAAAGAUGUUAUCGAGAAUGAUUGCGAAUGAGGAAACCGCGGCCUCCGAUGAGGCUCUAUGUUCAGUUCAUCUUAUGGGUAUCUUCGAGACGCUGACUAAAUUUCAACGACAAGGGUCUUUUGCAGCACAUCAGCACGGAGCGAAUGCGUUGCUUCAAUUGCGCACAAUUGAGAAUUACUACCGCAGCCCCAUCUCAGCCAGGCUGUACGAAGUUGCAUAUGCUCAGAUGCUACUUGCCAGCUUACAAGCCGCCACUAUACCGCCGAUUCCAGUUCAAGACCUGCCUAGCGUGCGCAUGUAUCUGCCCAGCUUUUGCACGGGCUCUGGGAUUUUCGUCAUUGGAUUGAUCUGGAAGUCUGCCCAGCUACACGCCAUGUGGCAUGAAACAAAGCGCAGCGUUCCGCAGCCUAGUAAUCGUCUUGAGUUACAGGAAACCUUGCAACUCGCUCUCGAUCUUGAUGCCGAAUUCCAAGUAUGGGAGUCCGACCUACCCCCGCCUUGGAAGUAUGUCAUGGAACCCAACAGUCCGGACGCACAGAUCAAAUACAGUAGCAAGUGGCAAAGGCUGGUAUUGACAAGCCGUGGCGCGCCAACUGAGAUCCACACAUACACUACAUUAAAAAUAUGUUCCAUGUGGGGAUACUAUCGUACGAGCCGGAUGUUUCUACUGCGCGACCUUCUCGAGAUGUUGAGCUGGAUGUCUAGGUUACCGGAGACGGAGCCAAGGACGUCAUUGACGCGUACAUGGAGACGCUUGAAAUACAGACUGCCCGACACAGAACAAUUCGCCGAUGAAAGCACUGUGACUGCUUUGGAUGACACUACAACGCGCCUCCUCCGAUCGUCUAUCACAAGAUCCAUCAUUCAGACCAUCGAGGAGACGUGCUCUUCCAUUCUUGGCACUCUCACUGUUCCGGUGUAUGGAAAGUCGCCCGAGGAUGUGAUGGGAAUGAAAGGGCAUGUCAUCGUGUGGCCAUUGAGUACCAUGGAUGCUAUACUCAGUUCUGGACUAGUGCUGGAUUCAAACGGAUUUGCCCGGUCGAGCGCUACUCCGCAAUCUUCAUCGACAGGCGCACUAUCUGGACAGGGCUCUACAGCGGCUGGGCAAGCCGGGAAUGCUUUCUACCAUGACACUUCCUUGGCCACCGCUGCUCACGGAUUCAGUUCUCUGCCAUCAAUAACGCGAUCGCCGGAACCAUACGACUCAACGCAGGCACCACCAAGUGCACCACAUGUGCCUGUUACGUCCGAAAGGCAACCACACCCUUUUGAUUCCAUGCCAAUACACCCAAAUGACCGCCCGGUUGACCAAAUAGGAAUAAUAGCUUCCGAAACAAUGGAUAUUACAGCAAAGCGAGAGUGGUUGAACAGCAUGCUGUAUUACAUCGGAACAGAAUUGGGUAUAAAAAAGGCCAUGGCCGUUCCAGUCCUCGAAGGAUACAUGUCCAUCAUACAGACCCGUGUCAACAUCAUCCUUGGACGAUGA